CUGCUCACAAACCAGAUGGCAAGGUCAAGAGGACCAGCACAGUAAGAUGUGGAAGAGAAUCGACCAUCAACCCAAGAUCAAAGCAGUGGAUGGACCUCAGGCAGGCCAGUUCAAGGAACUGGGUGCAGCUCGGGAACCUGCCAUGCCACACCCUCUAGAGCUGUCAGAAUUCCAGAGCUUCCCUGUAUUUGAGGAUAUUAGCCAUCACAUCAAAGAGGUGGGGGCCCAGCUGGUAAAGAAAGUCAAUGCCAUCUUUCAGCUGGACAUCACCAAAGAAGGGAAGACUGUUCUGCAGUGGACCAUUGAUCUGAAGAAUGGUUCUGGGGACAUGUAUCCCGGAUCCGCCAGCCUUCCAGCAGACACCGUCUUCACAAUCCCAGAACCUGUCUUCAUGGAGUUGGUUUUGGGCAAAAUGAACCCUCAGAAGGCUUUCCUUGCUGGCAAGUUCAAAGUGAGUGGCAAAGUUCUGCUUGGCCAGAAGCUGGAGAGAGUUUUCAAAGACUGGGCUAAAUUUUAAGCAUGUAAAGUACCAAGGAAAUGACUAGAACGUCUCUUCAGUUAUAAUGUUGAGCAGAAAUCAUGCUUAAACUGAAGAUUAAAACAAAAAAUAUCCAAUAUUUUUACUCAUAUUCUUCCUGUUCAAGUUUGAUUAAUUUUCCUGCUGAUGUGUUAAUUUUCAGUGAGGGUUCUAGAGCAGUAAAGAGUGUGGAGUGUAU